AUGACUGCCUUGUUUUGUGUUGUAUUAUCGCUUUCGCUAUUCCACGGAGCAACAAGUCAAAACCCACGUCUUAAUGAGGAUAUCAUCGGCGGGCCCAACGCGGACGAAAGGCGAAUGUCAGACAGUCUAUACUUGGGCCUAGAAUACGUAGAAAUCACUUUACCAUAUUACGGCGUUUUACAAGGACGAAAGUUUCGCCUUGUUACACCAUGGCUGACGUACGUGAGAGAAAAAAUAUUCUGGGCCGAACAGUUUCUCGGUAUACCGUUCGCGAGGCCACCUGUCGGCGAGCUCCGAUUCCAGCGUCCCGUACACGCCGAUCCCUGGCAAGGUGUUUACUCGGCGACGUACCAUCGUAGCGCUUGCCCACAAACGCUCACAUAUAUCCAGACAGUGUUACCAGACUUUGAUUCCAGGAAAAUACAAGAAGACUGUCUAUACUUGAAUGUUUACCGACCUUCACGUGAACUUGGUAUAUAUGACCCUCUCCUGCCUGUCAUGGUGUAUUUUCAUGGAGGUGACUGGGACUACGGAACAGCUGAAAUGUACAACGGUACAUUCAUGUCGGCGACUAGAGACGUCAUAGUCGUAACCACCAAUUAUCGACUUGGUGCUCUGGGAUUUCUGUGUACCGAAGACGAAUACUCCCUGGGGAAUUAUGGACUAUGGGACCAACUGGAAGCCUUGAAAUGGGUACAGGAAAAUAUCCAGCAUUUCGGUGGAGAUAGUAGAAGGGUGACAGUAUUCGGGGGCGGAGCCGGAGGAGCAAGUGUCGGCCUUUCAUUAAUGUCGCCAUCUAGCGAAGGUCUCUUCGAACGUGCAAUUAUGCAAAGUGGCACAGCUGUAUCGCCGUUUGCCGUGAUUCUUCCGCCGUACAAACCAAAAGAUUCAGCGGUGCAGCUUGGCGAGGCAUUCAACUGUCCCACAACGUACUCAUCGUACGAACUUGUAGAGUGUUUAAAAUCCCUACCGUAUUCAAACAUUUACCUAGCGGACAUCCAGGGAAGUCCCGAUGCAGGUGCCUGGGCCCCAGUUAUUGAUGGGCCAGGUAACGGACGAUAUCUACCCGGUAAUCCGUACGAUCUGCUGGUUGGUGGGCAUUUCAGAGAAGUCGAUAUCAUCAAUGGUAUUGUCAAAGAAGAGAGAUCAUACAAAUUACUGGAUAUACCAGGAGUACAUUACGGCGUCAGGCACGAGUACUUCAUGAUGGGCGUACACGAUGAGGUCUCACAGCGGCACAUUUUCGGUGUCGACACCCUCACUAACAUCUCCGUAUUCGAAUAUACAAACUGGACAAUGCCGUUGGAUGAAACGUCGAUUAGGGAUCAAUACAUAGACAUGUUGACCGAUAGAGAUUUCGUUGCUCCAAUGAUUCAGACAAACCGUUAUCACGACCAGAGUUCAGCAUAUGUAUUCAUGUACACGUUCAACUAUACCGGAGAGGUGAGCCCCUUCCCGGCAUGGAUGGGCGUGCCACAUGGCGGGGAACUCCCAUAUGUAUUCGGUGAACCAAUGAGUAUGGGACUUCAGAGACAAAACUGGACUAAUGAUGAUAGAACAGUUAGUGACCUGAUGAUGACGAUGUGGUCAAAUUUUGCAAAAUACGGAAACCCAACACCCAUGAUUGGCAGUGUUUCCAACCCACCAGCGUACCAGGAACCAGAGUAUCCAGCUGAUGAGUGGGACUAUGUUGACCUGGAAUGGUACCCAUAUAAGUUCAUAGACAAUGAAACAUAUAUACACAUUGAUAUUAAUUCUACAAUGAGAAAAGAUUACCGUCUACGUAAAACUGCAUUUUGGAAUAUUUUGAUACCAAAUCUCGGUGAAACCCCUUCGUCCAUUCGCGAUCGCUAUUAUUACCACUCUAUAGCAUCUUUCAACAUUCCUAACAUUUUUAUUACGAUUUGUUUUUGUGUAACAGUGUUUAUUCGGGGUUAA